AUAUGAAAAGAUAGUGAGGAAAUGAAGAGCAUGUCCUAUAUAUAUAAAAUGUGAAGUAAGCAAUAGCAAUGGACGUGGCAACCACUUUUAAACUUGAGGUGGAGAAAAUGGUUGUUAAGUCACAAACAGAGGGAGCUUAACGUUGAACUUCCCGUGGGCUGAAAAUAAAGAGCUAAGAGGGGUGUUGGUUGGAGUGAUUCAUGAUGAUUGGAGCUUGGAAACAAAUGAAAGAGUGGUUCAACCUAAGAGAGGUUUUCUACCUCCUCACCGUCGUCAUCCUCAGCCUCCUUCUACCUCUGUCUUUUCUUCUCUUGGCCACUCUCUCCGGUGCCCAAUAUUACCUUCAGACCCUAACUUUGUUCCAGUAUUCAACACAAGACUUUCCCUAUCUUUUCCACCUUGCCCUCCACAUCAACCCAUGUCUUCUCUACGUUUUGGUUUCCAUUGUCAGCGUAGGGACCCUCAUCCAGGGGCUCAUGGGUAAAAACAAAAUCUUUAGUCAGACACCCUCCAACUCCUCUUCUCUCUCCCUAGCUUGGAUUCUCCUAUGCGCGUUCCAAGUCUGCGUCGGUUUGGGCAUCGAGGGGAGCAUUGCAGCUGGCCUUUACGAGUACGAUGAUGACGUGUCCGGUUUCGGAACGGAGAGAAGCCUGUUGAGCAGGAUGAUUUUUCUGCUGGGCCUGCACGAGACCACCUAUGUAUGGUGUCGGAUGGUGGUGAGGCCCGUCGUGGAUGACACUGUAUUCGCCGGGGCCCGGAAAGAGAGGUGGGUGGAGAGGGUGGGCCUGGCUGCGGGAUUGGGCAUCUUGUGGUGGUGGAGGUUGAGGGAGGAGGUGGAGACUCUGGUGGUUGUGGCCCAAGUGAAGAAUGAGCAAUUGAUGGAUGUGGGAAUUUGUGACUUUGUUGGAUGGUGGUUGUAUUAUCUCGUUGUGACCAUUGGGAUGGUGAGGAUUGUGAAAGGUAUGAUGUGGAUGUUCAUGGUUUCUCUCUGUAGAAGAAGGCCAACAACAAUAGAGGUGGAAUCGAAUCAGAACGACGACAAGGUGUAGAUAGAGUUGACCGAUUUUCUCUAUUCUCCUUUUGCUUUUGUUUUUUUUUUUGUUUACUUUCAAAUUCACCAUCUCUUACCUCAAAUUUUUUCCUCUUCUCUCUGGUCAGAGACAUUACAAUAUUGUAUGCUUUUGCAAAAUUGUAACAAACGCGCCACUAAUAUUGUAUUGGAAACGUGUUAUUGCUCAACAUGUCGAUGAUUAGUUCUUUAACAUGGCUUAUUAUUUGAUGUGGCUAUUUAUUGGCAUGA